CUACAGGUCUGACGCGUUAAAUAUCAAAACACCCCAGCACCGAAAGAGCCGCAGAAACGGGAAAGCGAGCGAUUAUUAUUUUAAUCAGCAUCUGGACAAUUUUAGACACUUCCCUGGCGGAUAUACAGUCUAGGUGAAGGCACAGGGCUGAUAUUGCGGGAAACAUGACCAGAAAUGUGUUUUAGGACCCUGUGACACAUCCGCCGGUUAGUCAAGAAAUAAUAAUAAUAAUAAUAAUAUUCUGAAGAGAAGAGGAGCGAGGUUUAUAAACCGUCUUUAACACACACACACACACACACCACACGUGUACACAGUGAGGGUACCGUAGCGCGUCAUCAUUUAAGGGCUCGUGCCAGCCUGAGAGUGGAGCAGGACGCGAGCUCGCGCGCUGCGGGAAGUGGAGCCAGCUCGCGCUCGGGCUCGGUGUCGGUGUCGAUACCGGGAUUAACGCUACUGAGCGACAGCAUGGUGGCGGGGAAAGGCGGCGUGAAAGCGUCGCUCUGGCAGAACGAGAGAGUGCGCUUCAUCGUCUGCUUCUUCGGAGUCUUCGUGUGUUACUUCUACUACGGAAUUCUCCAGGAGACCAUCACACGGGGAGACUACGGCCAGGGGGAGAAAAAGGAGAAGUUUCGCUAUGCCACUACACUCGUGUUCAUCCAGUGUAUCAUCAACGCUCUUUUUGCUCGACUCUUGAUCCAGUUUUUCGAAGGCUCCAAGCCGGAUCACACGCAGAGCUGGCUCUAUGCAGUGUGUGCUCUGUCCUAUCUGGGAGCCAUGGUGUCCAGUAACUCUGCUCUACAGUACGUCAACUACCCCACCCAGGUUUUAGGAAAAUCUUGUAAACCUAUCCCAGUCAUGAUCCUGGGUGUGACUAUUCUGAGGAAGAGGUACCCCAUGGCGAAAUACCUGUGUGUGCUUCUGAUAGUCACUGGUGUGGCCCUUUUCCUCUACAAGCCCAACAAAGCUUCGACCUCCACAGAUGAACAUGUGUUUGGCUUUGGAGAGAUGUUACUGCUCAUGUCUCUGACGCUGGACGGCCUGACGGGUGUAGCUCAGGAUCACAUGAGGGCGCGUCACCAGACAGGAGCCAAUCACAUGAUGCUGAAUGUCAAUCUGUGGUCGACGCUCAUGCUGGGUUUGGCCGUGUUGUGGACAGGCGAGGUGUGGGAAUUCUUAAGCUUUGCCGAUCGCUACCCCAGUGUCAUCUACAACAUUUUGCUGUUUGGUUUCACCAGCGCUCUAGGACAGACCUUCAUCUUUAUGACGGUUGUGCAUUUCGGGCCACUCACCUGCUCCAUCGUCACGACAACAAGAAAGUUCUUCACCAUCCUGGGCUCGGUGCUGCUGUUUGGGAACAUCAUCACACCCUUGCAGUGGUUUGGAACUAUCCUCGUUUUCCUGGGUCUCGGCUUGGACGCCAAGUAUGGAAAGGUGCCUAAAAAGACAACACACUAAAGCACAAAGAGGAUGUGUGUGCAAGCCUGCGCUGUAUUCACGGACCGAAAACUUGAAGAAACCCCGGUUUCUGUCGGUGCACUUCUCCAUCAGUGGCUAAUUUAAAAAAAACGAAACGUACUUAUUUCUAUGCUUUUUCCACCCACAAAUCUCUGAAACGAACGAUGAAAUCUUAACUUUAACAAGCAAAGACUGGAUAGCAAGAAAGAUUUUUGUAUUAUUUUUUUUCCUAGCCAAUUCUACUUUGAACGUUUCUUUCCCAGGGGUUUAUAGCCAGAGGACGGUGAGCAUGAUUAGAAGGAUUUGCGCACUAAUGGUUUGCAUGUGCACCGGCUCAGAUUGACCAUUUCUACAGACGACAUCUCCAUGUCUUAGCGUUGUCAGGUUUUACUCUGAAUUCUGCCAGAUACCUCUUUUGUAGUUUCUUUGUUUUUAAAAUGUAUAAUGCACAUUUAAUCAAGACUUGAAUGUGUGUGUCUUAUUAUCAUAAGUGUGUUCUGUCACUCCGUCUGAGACUUACACUUUUAAUGCUCACUCUGUCCACUGAAUCUGCGCCACAUCAGGUUGAACCUGACGCACAACAUAUGGUCUUUUAUGUAAAACAUGCUGAAAUAGACAAAUAUUUGUGUUCUAGUUUACUGUAUGAGGACACGAUUCAUAUCUCCUGUACGUUUCAGAAAGGAUAAUGGAAUAAUUAGAAUAAGAAAAAAAUAUAUAUUUGUUUUUUGACCAGUUGGAACUGUAUUGAAUAUUAAACUAAAAGGGAAACUCAGCCAGACUAUCGGGGGGUGUGUGAUGACCAGCUGUUGUAUGUGAACGUCGUGUUCGAGUCUGCCAACGGAGCCGUGUUGUCCGUCUGUCCAUGGAGGGGGGAAAAUAUCCAACCAGAUGGCAUUAAACUUAUUUUGGACAUGAAUAAAUCCACCAUCUCUGUCUUUA